CUAGUUAUUAGUUCACCCGACUAAACAACGCUAAAAUCGAUACACAAUACAUGCACAGAAGCGGCUGUCGGUUUGUGUACAUUGCAUGCUAUUACGGAGAGACGUGCGCUCUACGCGUGAGAUGCCCUGUGCCCGUUGAUCUUGGUUGACGUACAAAAUCGUCUGAAUGCAAAAGCUUGUGGAAUCUCUGAAUGUCUUACUGAGUUGUACCGAUAAAAGGUUUGCUUUAACCAUGAUGGAACAGGAACUUUCUUGCCCGGUUUGCCGGGGCCUUUAUAACGCUCCAAUCAUGUUGCCGUGUGCCCACAAUAUCUGCCUGAACUGCGCUCACACUUUGCAAACGAAUGGUCCAACGCAUGGCAACCAUCAGCACGUCCACGGCCACCCAGAGUACCUGGAGUACGGCGAAGUAGACCGGCUGAGUGAGGCAGAUAGCGGGGUGGGUUUCUCGGGCUACGCGGCGAGUGCCGCCAGCUCGUCAUCGAACAGCUCGAGUACUAGUGGGACCAGUGGCUACCCCUCCCUGCAUGUGGAUUCCCUCCGAUUAAUCUGCCCCCAGUGCCACCGAUCUAUCUAUCUGGACGAAACUGGAGUGCUGAGCCUGCCCAGAAAUAGAGUCCUGGAGGCGAUCGUUGCUCGGUACGCUGGCCAAGCCAAGAUUGCCGUUGUCAAGUGCGAACUUUGCGAAGGGAACGCUUCAGAUGCCAGCGUGUACUGCGAGCAGUGCGAGGUGUUCUACUGCUUGGCAUGCCGUGAAAAUUGUCACCCUGCCCGUGGGCCCCUUGCAAAGCAUAGCCUCAUCCCUCCGGUGAAGGGCAAGAUCAAGGCGCGAGCUAAGGCCCAGGGCCAGCAGUCCGGCAAGCCGUCUACCUGCUCGGAGCAUACUGAAGAGAAUCUGAGCAUGUACUGUAUUCUGUGCAAGCUACCAGUUUGUUACCUGUGUCUAAAUGAAGGGAAACAUGUAAAUCAUGAAGUCAAGGCACUUGGAGCAAUGGCAAAAACACAGAAGGCUGAGCUUUCGCAGACUCUGACAUCAUUGACUGAGAAAGCCAGACAAGCCAAGGACUUCCUGGUUCAUCUUAAAGACAAGGUCAAUCAAGUCCAGGAGUGCACAGUGGAAUUUGAAGCGAGUCUGGUGGCCAAGUUUGACGAGCUGAUUGAAGCCCUGAAAAAACGCAAGGAGAUGCUGAUUCGCCAGGCUUCAGAAAUCAGAAAGAACUCCGCUCAGGCUGAGGCCCUCAGAAAUGUGGUUCAGCGGGAGCGUGAGUUCAAGACCAAGAUGAUCAAGAACCACAUUGGGCAGUGCAGCAGCAAACUGAAGCAGACCACUGGCCUGCUGGAAUACGCCAUAGAGGUCAUGAAGGAGCAGGAUCCUGCAGCCUUCUUGAUGGUGUCUGGUGCUCUGAUCAACCGCGUUCGCCACACCGAAGUCUCCUGGAAGAAGGAGAUGAUCCUGGAGCACCGGGUGGAUGCCGAGUUUGACCUGACGCUGGACAGUGGGCCCGUUCUGAGGGCCAUUGAGCGACUCAACUUCAAAGAGAUGAAAGUGCCUGACCCCCCCAUCAUCGUCACAGAAAAUUGCAGCGCCGAGAACAAUAGUGUGACCCUAGCCUGGCAGCCAUACCCAUCCAGCUGGGUGGAAGGCUAUGUGCUGGAGCUUGACGAUGGAAACAACGGGGAGUUCAGGGAAGUGUACUAUGGUCGGGAGACAAUAUGCACAGUUGACGGACUCCACUUUGACACCACAUACAACGCCCGGAUCAAAGCCUACAAUCACGCUGGUGAAGGCGACUACAGCGAGACCAUCUGUCUUCAGACAGCAGAAGUGGCUUGGUUUCAGCCGGACCCACGUUCUGCCCACCCGGACAUCAUCUUCACCAAUGAUAACAUGACAGUGACUUGCAACACCUAUGACGAGCGCGUCACCCUGGGCAACGUGGGCUUCUCCAAAGGGGUGCAUUACUGGGAGAUCACCAUUGACCGCUAUGACAACCACCCAGACCCGGCCUUUGGUGUGGCCCGCUUCAACACAGCCCGGGACGCCAUGCUGGGCAAGGACGACAAGUCCUGGUCCAUGUACGUGGACAACAAUCGCAGCUGGUUCAUCCACAGCAAUGCCCACUCAGACCGGACAGAGGGUGGGAUCGACGUCGGGUCAGUGGUGGGCGUGCUGCUGGACCUGAACAAGCAGACGCUGCGAUUCUACAUCAACGACUGCAAGCAGGGGCCUGUGGCCUUCACAGGCCUGGCGGGCAUCUUCUACCCAGCCAUCAGCCUGAAUCGCAACACACAGGUGACCUUUCACCCUGGAUUAGAAAUCCCGGCUGACUGUGAUUAAUGCAUGAGUUACACCUUGGGCAGGUAAAACAUGCUACGGUUGGAUUUCAUCAGAACUUUGCUUGUUAUGUCAGUUGGCUCUUUAUUUUUUUUUGAUCUGAUGGAUAACUUGCUUACGGCUGAGCCACAGGUGAACCUUUAGUAAUGUUUCCAGCCAACAAGCCUGCUUUAGGGGCUGCAGGGGGCGGUUUUUUUGUGCAAAUUCUUUAACUUUGCAAUUUAUUUCUGGUGCCCAUGAAAUAUGUAGGGAGGCCCAACCCUUGAAUUUUGGCAUCAGUUUUUUCAUCCUUUUCUCCCUGAGUUGUCUGUUCAGCCGUUUUUCAACUGCCCUGGUAAAAAUUAUGGCGCAUAUAGGUGUCACCUGUGGCCAUGUGUGUUCUUUGCUAAGUGUGGUUUCGCUUCCUAGCAAAUCGGUUUAUCCAAAGGUAUUUAUGGUGUGGGCUCCCCACUUCAAUUCUAAUAACUCAAGAUAGGCAUUUCUGGAUUAUUUGGGGUUGGCGGAUCACUUAGUAGCAGCGUCCUCGUGUCGGAUCGUUUUCUGCGCUUUAACCCAACCAAGCAUGAUGCGUCAAUACGUCAACCCUGGAAGUGAAAAAAGAAUUCUUAAACGAGUGCUCACGUCCUCCGUGAAACAAAUAAGGAAAUUUGAGUGUUUACACGUUAUCUGGCUUCAAGUGGUUGAAAUUAUGCGACCUGUCUAACUUGCAGUAGUGUAUUGGUCAGUAACAAAUAGUCCACUAGUUCUGCAGAAGUAUCUUUGAGAAGACCGUGCUCAUGGACCUACUGUCAUUUACCAGUGUUGAAUUUUAGGAUGCACACGUUUUCAAUUGGGUACCGAAAACACAUUAGAUUUAGCUUGUACAUAAGCUUUGUACGUGUCAUCUCCAGAACGAAAACUUUUGCACAGAUUAAGGUAUGCACAUGUAUGGCUGUAGCUUGAAGUAUGUACUUUUCAGCCUCCACUAAAAAGUACUAACUAAACAGAUAUUUCUUUAUUUUUCAGGACUUUUAUCAUUAUCUUUCCUACAAAAAUAUUUGGAGAAACCCUGUGGGUGUUUAUGCUGGUGCCACAUUGGCCUGUGCACAAGUGUGGUUCCAUGGCAUGGGUUAUUCAACGGUUUAAAAUCCUAUAGGUGGUUUCUGAAAGAUUUUGAAGGAUUUAGGAAGGUUCCCUUUCACAUUUACUUGGCUUCAGAUCUAAUGUUCCUUCAAAUAUGCCACUGGAUAGUGCAGUACUGCACAGUGGGGAAUUUUGGAGGUUUGAGAAAGUGCUUGGUGAGACUAGUGUACUUAAUGGGUAAGGUUGUAUGAAACUCUGCAUAUUGUGCACAUUGAAGUAAAGUGACAGUAGUCAUUUAGUGAGUGAUUUCUGAACAAGUUUAUUUACAGUCUGUGGGAAAGGGAGGCUUUGAGAUAAAGUUAAGUUUCCUAUUUCAGCUCUCUAAAACUUUAACAUCCUUAAAUUGCCUUAGGGUUAAGCGAGUUGUCAGUCCACCGUGUGACUCUUGUAUACAUGUCUGUAGUGCUACAGACACAAGUGGACAACAGAUAUUCUACAUGGAGAGGUACAUGUACAUGUAGUCAGUUUUAGAAUGUUGCGAAAUAUAGUUGAGUGUAUUUGGCUCAUUGUACCAUUAACUUGUGUAUAUUUAUUAUUUAUCAAAAAUAGGUUCUUACUGAUCAAAAAUAGUCAUCUUACGAAGUCUUAUAUAUUUAUAAGCUCAGUACAUAAUGUACAGUUAUUUAUAAAUGCUUAAAGGAGAUAUUUGACCACGUACUGUGUCAGAGAAAUGAUUACAGUUUAUAGUGUACCAGUGUGCUAAAAAUGCCUAUGCUUACUGUAGUGUAAUUGAAGUGUUCAUAUUUUUCUUAGUUUUUUUUUUUCAUCUGAAAUAGGUAGAAUACUUGCCUGAUAGGUUUUUCAGAUUAGAGUUUAGCCUGUUUGCUUUUUAUGCAACCCAAUAUUUAGAUCAGCACUUGAUAUCAGCCUGAAUGUUUAGCAUUGAGCAUUGAUGUUUUAUCCAUCGCUAGGGAACCUGUUGUACUCAUUUGUAUAGACAAUCAAGGUAUUCGUGUAUGGGAGUUUGUUUCUGCAUUCAAUUGGGGACCCUGAACAAUAGAGGACAAUAAAGUCCCCGAUUGACAGAGGGUCCCCGA